AUGGAGCUGAAGCUCCAGUUUAAUCCCAGUAAAACAAAGGCAAUUAUUUUUGCACAAGGUAACACACCGGAUCUUAUGAAACGAACACCAGUUAUAAAAAUGGGUAAUCGAAGUAUAAAGUUGGAAAGUGAGAUUAUGUAUCUUGGAGUGGUUCUUGACAAUCGAAUGACCUGGCUGCCACAUGUUUUGGCAAUCAGAACUAAGUGUACAAAUCUAUUUAAUGCGUUGGCCAGAGUGGCCAGAAGGAAUUGGAGGCUGAAUGAAGAAGCUGUGAUAACAAUUUAUGAAGGAGCGUUUGUACCGAAAAUGACUUAUGCAGCUGCGGCAUGGAGUUAUGCAGCAAAGAAAGGUUGCAUUAUUAAACAUUUGAGAUGUGCCCAACGAAUGGCCUUGCUACGUGUCACUAAAGCAUUUAGAACAGCCUCUACUGAGGCGCUAAUGGUGGUUUCUGGUAUUCCGCCGAUAGAUCUGGUAUUAAAAGAAAGGACAAGAACUUUUUACUAUAGAAAGGGCCUUCAGGCACAUAUGGAAGAUGGAGAUACAACAUAUCAAAUAUGUGAACUUAGACCGAUGAGUCUGGAGCUUCCAAUGACUUAUGAAAGGAAGAGUGUUGACAUUGCAAAAGAAGAAGAAGAAGGAGAGUAUAAUAUUUUUACUGAUGGUUCGAAACUCGAAGGAAGGGUGGGGUCAUCCUUUGUGGUUUAUGAGAAUGAGACUGAGAUAUGUCAUGAAAAAUAUAGAUUAAGGGACUGUUGCUCAGUUCAUCAGGCAGAGAUGUUUGCUAUUAUGAAAGCAGUUGAGUGGGUAGCCCUGACUCGAAGUACAAACAAUAUUGUGAUUCAUACUGAUAGCAGAAGUGCUAUUCAGACAUUAAUGCAGUUCAGAGAUAUAAGUCCUAUGGCGUUGGAGGCGAAGAAGUUAGUAAGGAGAUAUAAUUUGAACAUGAAAUUUAAAUGGGUGAAGGCCCACGUUGGGAUAAUAGGAAACGAGAGGGCAGAUGCCCUUGCAAAAGAGGCUACUGAGAUGAAUAUAAUAUCAUAUGAUAAAGCUCCAAUUACAUAUAUUAAAAGGCAGUUAAGACAAGAAACGGUAACAGAGUGGCAAGAUCAAUGGACCUACUCAGAAAAGGGUAGGUUCACGUUUUGGCUGCUACCAAGUAUACAGGAAAGGCUCUCAGAACUUGCAUGGCUACCGAAAAAAUAUUUGAUUACACAAAUUUUGACAAAUCAUUGUAGUACAAAGCAUUACCUUAAAAGAAUAGGUAAAACGAAUGACUCUAUGUGUGAGUGUGGUGGAGGAGAACAAACGCUAGAACACUUGAUUAACGAAUGUCUUAAGUAUGAACAGGAACAAAUGCAGCUUCGGCUGUUUUCUGCCGAUAUUUAUGGCAUGCCAACUUUAGAUUUAUAUCAGUUAAUCAGGAAUUCAACAUUAUUGCAGGAGAUUAAGUCUCUCCUGCGAAAAGUUUUGUAUUAG